AUGCUUCAGAGUCUUCUUAGUAUUUCUUAUCUUUGUCGAGUCGAUUGCUUUUGAUUUUUAUUUCCAUUUGGUCGACCUGAUGGUGCAUUAAAAGCAACAUUAAGUUUACUUGAACGUGUUCUUGCCAAAGAUUUAUCAACACCAAUAUCUCGUGAUGAUAUACGACAUUUUAUUCGAAAAUGUCUUGAAAAUGCUGCAUAUACUAAUUAUACACGUGUUUCAGAUCAAGCCAAAGUUGAAGGUUACACCUUUUUUUUUUAUUUAUUUUUUAUUUAA